AAAGCUAAAAUCAGUUGUUUCGCAGGUCUUCAAGCAAACGCAACGCUGCACUUCAAUUAAAGCGGUGAAUUUAGUAUAGCUGUGAAUCAGUUUACAAUUAACUAAUAAAUACAAAGAGAACAAGCAACAGCUGCAAACUAGCCCAAAAUGUUUCAUCUUCUGACCAUCACCUUGGCCCUCUGCGCCACACUGAGCGCCGGUGCACAGACGCGCAACACGCCCAUGGAGGCGAUUGCCUAUUUGACCGGGCCCUUGCAGUCGGACAACACGCAGGUGAAGGGCAACGUGACCUUCAUCCAGAACGACUGCGGCCAGAGCGUCCAUGUGCGCAUACAGCUGGAGAACGUGAUGGAGGGCAAGCAUGGCUUCCACAUUCACGAGAAGGGAGAUCUGAGCAACGGUUGCACCAGCCUGGGCGGACACUACAAUCCCGACAAGGUGGACCAUGGCGCACCGCAUCACGAGGUGCGUCACGUCGGCGAUCUGGGCAACAUUGAGGUGAACGCCAGCCGGACCAUCGACAUCACCUACACGGACUCGGUUAUCAGCCUAAACGGCCAGCGUACAAUUAUUGGACGCAGUGUGGUGCUGCACGAGUUGGAGGACGAUCUGGGCCUGGGCAACCACACGGACUCCAAAAAGACGGGCAAUGCGGGCGGCCGUAUUGCCUGCGGUGUUAUUGGCAUUAACACAGCCGAGAUUUCUGCGACCCGAUAAGAUGGAGCCAGCAGGAGCCCAAGAAAAUUGCCAAGCACCAUCGGACAUUUGUGUCCUGGACAAAACACAAAGAGGCCAACACGCAACAUUAAAAUCAACCCAAGCCUUGUGACAGCAACCCCCCAGCCGCAACCCGCACGGAUGAUGACAGAGCUUGGCAUGCUUCUAGGUGCCAACUCUUGAAUUCCAGCGUACUUUAAUUAUUCGCACAGUCUGGUAUUUAUUUCAUGAAUAGCAUUUAUAACUUUCGCUUCGUUAUUCACAUGAAAUCACGCAAUUUAUUUAGUAUUAUGACGUCGGCGGGUCGAUUACCCAGUAAUAAACCCGUUUAUAUUGCCUGAUAUAUUGCGCUUAGGUAAACAUUUAUUUGUUCAACUGUAGCACAGAAGUUAACUAUCUUUCUUAAAAGAGGAGACGGCCUUCCAAACUGAUUAAGUUCCAAUUAAUAGAUUGUUUAAGGUAUUCCCAUAUAUGUUUUUUAGCUAUCAUUUCAUGUCAAUCAACUAAAUAAAAGGGUAUUGGACUGAGUAA